ACAGAAGCGCGCAACGCCGCUCCAAUCCUCCCCCAAAUCGCGUCGGUUCUGUCCGUCUCCGGCUGUCCGCCUCUCCCUUCGGUCUCGCCGCUCCUCUCGUUCUGCGGCUGCGCCAGCCGUCGCCCAUCGGCCGCCCGGCAGCCGGCAGCUCGACGGCGCUCAGGCGCCGGGUCCCUCUCCGUCUCUCCCUCCUGCUGCUGGCUGCUGCCCCUCCGGCUCCGUGACUGACCACCCAACGAUUCGUUCCUGGAUCCGCCACGGCGGCGCUAGGUGUUUGCUCGACGCCCACGAUUCACCUCCUCCUGCACCCGCAUCCCCACCCCACCCCCCGAUGUACCGCCUCUGCUCCGCCUCUCGACUUCUCUCCUCCAUGGCAUCUGCUCCGCCUCGCUGGUGGCCUGCAGGUCUUCCACCACAAGCAGUUUAUCCACUGACGGCAGCAUUGUCCUCUCCCGAUCCCGAUCGAUUUGUCCAUCCUAUCCGCAGAUUUGUUUUUGGACCUCAGAAGAUGGGCAUUAGCAGUCAUCAUGGUCGUUAUGGUGUUGAUCGUCGCACAGAUGGUGAAAAUAAUGAUGGGGCAACUAAAGAUCAUUUUGGUGAUGGUAAAGAAAAUGUAAGGACCACAAAAGAUAGCGAAGAACAUCAAAAGACUAUAGAAUAUACUGAGAUGGCAACCAGCAGCGAUGAAGAUGCAUCAGAUAGUGAAGAAGAGGCAGGGAUGAUGUCAACUGAUAGCGAAGAUGACUCCUGUUGCAAUCCCCCUAAAAUUCAAACUGCGUGUAUAUUGGAAGAUAGCAGUCACCGUGAUGGUUCUAUAUACAAGGGCAACAACUGGUGGAAAAGGACUUAUCGUAUUUCUGAUCUUGACGAGACUCCGUUGGAGGCGAUGAUGUUAUCAAGUCCUAAAUACUGCGUUAUGAAUGGUGAAGAAUGUUUAACGCAUGGACCAUGUCCCAUGCUGCACUUUGUCUCACUAAAACUGGCUGAAAUUGCUGACACCGGUGGCCCAGUAGAGCUGUAUGGAUACUUAGCAGCACGGGACCUUUUGGAUCCAUUGCGUAACUAUAUAUUCCAUACUAGCAGGGAGGAUCCCAUCAUCGUGGAGAAGGGUUCUCUUAUUGAAAUAUCUGGCCCUAAACGAGGGAUUGAAAUAUUAAGUGAUGUCCUAAUCGAGUUUGAUAUGAGGAUAAAGACAGGAGUAGGAGAAGAUGAUCUACAGCUGAUUGAUGGUGUAUUAGUCAUUGGUUGUGAGACACAAACAGAUGUAACAUUAAGAAGACACAUAUAUGGCGAUUGUGGUGCGGUCGAGAUAAAAUUUUCACAUCUACAUCAUGCAGUGGAGGCGACAGUACAGGUUGCCAUAUUGGAAGUGCAGAGUCAUUUCAAUCUGUCUAUCGAUUGUUAUGUGGGUCCGUUAUCUGAUGAAAUGCAGCUAUUUUGUGGCCACAUAGCCAAGCCAUGUGGAUUAAGGAAAUUUGUGCUUGCUGCAAUGAUGCGUAAUUUGUUGCGAUUGAAGUUGAAGGUAAGCCAAGAAGAGGGGGGGUCUUACGUCGAACAUUUUUGCUCGUUCGAACCAAAUGAUCACGGACAUUCAUGUCAACAGCUAAAUACUAAGUUUGCAUCUUUUAUGGUGAAGGUUACUUGGUCGACUUUGGAUUUUAAUAAUCUAGAAAAUUAUAUGUAAUUCACGACCGAUGCUACAAUAAUAAUUUAGUGUAUUUAAUUAUUUUUCUUAUUUACUUAAUUAAUAUAGGCCUAUGUGACUACUGUGAUUAAUAUCAUUA